CCUCUCCCUCUCUCUCUCUCUCGACCUGUGCCUCCAUGGACAACGUCAUCAAGUUCUUGUUCGGCAUCUUCGGUAAUGCCACCGCUCUCUUCCUCUUCUUGUCUCCGACCAUCACAUUCAAGAGAAUCGUCAAGAACAGAAACACCGAGCAGUUUUCCGGCGUUCCUUACGUCAUGACUCUCCUCAACUGCCUCCUCUCCGCUUGGUACGGCCUGCCGUUUAUAUCCCCGAACAACAUUCUGGUGAGCACCAUUAACGGCACCGGCGCUGUAAUCGAGUCCUUCUACGUGUUGAUCUUCAUCGCUUUCGCUCCCAAGAAAGAGAAGGCCAAGAUUCUGGGGCUCUUCACUUUUGUGCUGACCGUGUUCUCCGUCGUCGCUUUGGUUUCCGUUUUUGCCCUCCACGGCAGCCCCAGGAAGCUCUUCUGCGGUUUCGCCGCCGCUAUCUUCUCCAUCGUCAUGUACGGCUCGCCUCUCUCCAUCAUGAGGACUGUGGUGAAAACGAAGAGUGUGGAGUUCAUGCCGUUCUUCCUGUCACUGUUUGUGUUCUUGUGUGGUACUUCCUGGUUCGUCUAUGGGCUUCUCGGACAUGACCCAUUUGUCGCUGUGCCGAAUGGGUUUGGGUGUGCACUAGGGGCAUUGCAGCUCAUCUUGUACUUCUUCUACCGUGACAACAAGGGCGGCAACGGCGACACCAAGAAGAAGCAGCAGCCUAGUGCUGCAGACAGUGUGGAGCUGGGUCUCCAAAAGCCUCACCAAUCGAAGCAAGCAAACGGCGUUAAUGGCGUCUGA